GACGAGAGAGAAAGAGAGAGAGAGAGAAUCAUAUUUGAAGUUGAGUUAAUUAACCGGUUGUCCAAUGGCGGCAGCAAAGACAGGCCUACUCCUCUCGUGGCUUAUCCCAUCAUCAUCAUCGGCGGCGGCUCCGCUGUUUUCAGUUGCUGUGAAGUUGCCAGUGGUGAGAGGGAGGAAAGCAGAGAAGGAUGUAUCUGUCUCUGUCGCCUUCAAUCCUUCUGGCAAUUUCGAUAUCUCUGCCUUGGACUCUCACGACGAUUCAGAUAAAGUGGAACCUCCGAUGCCUCCAACGAGCGGCCGAUACGAAGUAGUCAUAGACAAGGACUCUAUUCAGCGCCUUGACUUAUCUCCUUUUCAGACUGCCACCGGCAUCACCUCACCUUCCUCAGCUGAUCCAAGAGAGUAUAUGGAUCGGAGCAUCGGAUUCACGAUCAAUUACAAGAGAGAAGACCCAGGGGAUCCCCGUGAGCUUUCCGAGUAUCCGGACAUAAGGCUUUGGUUCGUCAGACUCGAUGCCAUGUACCCUUGGCUUCCUCUCCUCCUUGACUGGAGAGCCGGUGAGCUUGCUCGUUACGCCGCCAUGCUUGUCCCUCACCAGAUGAGCUUGAAAAUGGGUGUUGUUUUCAAUCCCGAGGCCUUGGAGCUCUUCGUCAUGACCAAAGUCUUUGUGGUUUAUCCAUGGCUCAAACGUCACGGUGUCCCCAAGCCUAGGCUCAAGACCUCUGACAUGGCCAGGAUGCUCGGCUUCGGUAUCGGCGACCAGCUCUUCGACUUGAUCGAUCAUCAUACCGAUUCUCUUUAGGUCUCUUCUUUCCUCCAGUUUCCUUGGUCUGAUUCUCAAUAAUGUAAGAACCAUUCCCAUGAAUACUUAUUAUUGAUAGCAUAGCCAGCAGAGAUUCAAAUUUAAA